AUGGUGUGGCUGCCCUCCAGCCUGGGCCUCCUGAGCUACGACAGCAUAAUCCCCUCGCCCCUCUGCCAGCGACACGCCUGCCGCCUUAGCGUCCUCGCUCUCGCCCUCGCCGGCAUGUACACUACCCGCCUGUACAGCGCAGUAGGUGGUGGGGUAGGAGGAGGAAAGCCUGGACGCCGGCCGGGCCUGGGGGUUGGAGGGCUGCCCAUGCUGGAGAACCACCCCCAUCAUCAUCAUCAUCACCACCACCCUCUCCCACCACACCAACAUCCCCACCACGUGCCCCCACCACCUCCCAGCUACCCGCCCCUCUACCAGGGGCGGCCUGACCCUCACCGGGGGCCUCACUUCCACAGUCACCACUACCACCCGCACCUGGCCCCUCCUCCGCCUCCACCCCUCCCCCCGCACCCCCACUACCAGCCACACGCCCACCUGCACCACCACGCCACUGUUGGCGCAGCCGGCAACAAGAAGAAGACGUGGAACUUCAUCCACGAGAAGAUGAGCUAUGACACCUUCUUCACCAUGAAGAGGCUGAUCGAGCGCUCGCGUAGAGCAGAUGAAGUGCUGCGCUGGGUGACACAGAACCCAGGCAAGAUCUCACACAACCACUACCCCAUCGCCCUGCAGAAGAUCGGCCAGCUACUACAGGCCGGGGCUGGGGCUGGAGGAGGGGGCGGAGGUGCCUCGGAGGCAGCCCUGGUUCCCUCUCCCGGAGCCGGUGGAGGAGAAAGAGUGGAGAAUGAAGGCCGACAGAUCCUGGAGCACCAGGACUUCCAGACGCUGUGCGACGCCAUCGUGAGCGACUGUGCCAAGUUUGACAACUUCAGCAUCGUCAACUGCCUGUAUGCUGUGGCUGCACUAGGUGAGUCAAGGUGAUCUGUGGCCGCACUAGGUGAUCUGUGGCUGCACUAGGUGAGUCUAGGUGAUCUGUGGCUGCACUAGGUGAUCUGUGGCCGCACUAGGUGAUCUGUGGCUGCACUAGGUGAUCUGUGGCCGCAUUAGGUGAGUCUAGGUGAUCUGUGGCCGCACUAGGUGAGUCUAGGUGAUCUGUGGCUGCACUAGGUGAUCUGUGGCUGCACUAGGUGAUCUGUGGCUGCACUAGGUGAGUCUAGGUGAUCUGUGGCUGCACUAGGUGAUCUGUGGCUGCACUAGGUGAGUCUAGGUGAUCUGUGGCUGCACUAGGUGAGUCUAGGUGAUCUGUGGCCGUACUAGGUGAGUCUAGGUGAUCUGUGGCCGUACUAGGUGAUCUGUGGCCGUACUAGGUGAGUCUAGGUGACCUGUGGCUGCACUAGGUGAGUCUAGGUGAUCUGUGGCUGCACUAGGUGAUCUGUGGCCGCACUAGGUGAGUCUAGGUGAUCUGUGGCCGCUCUAGGUGAGUCUAGGUGAUCUGUGGCCGCACUAGGUGAUCUGUGGCUGCACUAGGUGAGUCUAGGUGAUCUGUGGCCGUACUAGGUGAGUCUAGGUGAUCUGUGGCCGCACUAGGUGAUCUGUGGCUGCACUAGGUGAGUCUAGGUGAUCUGUGGCCGUACUAGGUGAGUCUAGGUGAUCUGUGGCCGUACUAGGUGAUCUGUGGCCGUUCUAGGUGAUCUGUGGCCACACUAGGUGAUCUGUGGCCGUACUAGGUGAGUCUAGGUGAUCUGUGGCCGUACUAGGUGAGUCUAGGUGAUCUGUGGCUGCACUAGGUGAGUCUAGGUGAUCUGUGGCCACACUAGGUGAGUCUAGGUGAUCUGUGGCCGCACUAGGUGAUCUGUGGCCGUACUAGGUGAGUCUAGGUGAUCUGUGGCCGUACUAGGUGAGUCUAGGUGAUCUGUGGCCGUACUAGGUGAUCUGUGGCCGUACUAGGUGAGUCUAGGUGAUCUGUGGCCACACUAGGUGUUCUGUGGCCGUACUAGGUGAGUCUAGGUGAUCUGUUGCCGUACUAGGUGAGUCUAGGUGAUCUGUGGCUGCACUAGGUGAGUCUAGGUGAUCUGUGGCCACACUAGGUGAGUCUAGGUGAUCUGUGGCCGUACUAGGUGAGUCUAGGUGAUCUGUGGCCGCACUAGGUGAUCUGUGGCCGUACUAGGUGAGUCUAGGUGAUCUGUGGCCGUACUAGGUGAGUCUAGGUGAUCUGUGGCCGUACUAGGUGAGUCUAGGUGAUCUGUGGCCGUACUAGGUGAGUCUAGGUGAUCUGUGGCCGCACUAGGUGAGUCUAGGUGAUCUGUGGCCGUACUAGGUGAGUCUAGGUGAUCUGUGGCCGCACUAGGUGAGUCUAGGUGAUCUGUGGCCGCACUAGGUGAGUCUAGGUAGUUGCAUGGAGGCAGCUCCAUUUCCCAUACCAUACUUUUUGGAGUGUGAAAGUUCUUUUUCAUAUUGCUAGUGCAGGGUCAGCAGGUGCUUUUAGUAAAUUGCAUUUUAUAUUAUCUAUGAUACGUGAACAUUGUGAAAUGGCAACUACUACUUUAUACGUGUAUUCAUUCUUAUAGAUAUGAAAGGAAUUUGUGUACACAUAGCAAACCUGAAAGCACUUUUCUGGAAUAUUAAACUGACUAUAUUCCUUGAAAAUAAAUUAAGUAAACGAAAUAAACCCUAAACCUCCCGUCUCCUCCCCCAGGCCUUCCCAGCGACUCGCGGGUGGUGCAGGUGCUGGAGGCCACGUCUCAGUCACGACUGGGCCAGUUUAACCAGAAGGACGUGUCCAUGGUGUUCAGCUCCAGCAUGAAGCUGCACCCCAGCAGCCAGCACCCGCUCACCGAGGCCUGCCUGGCGGGCUUGGAGAAGAACCUGGAGCGGGAGCGCCACCCGCAGACCCUCUUCCUGCUACUCUCCUACUAUCGCCUCAAGUGGCGCUUGCUGCAACCCAGCGACACCGCGACGGUUGAGAACGUGGCCAACAUACCACCCAACCCGGAACAGCUCCUGGCCAACAGGUAGGGUUGGUAUGAUGGUUGAUUACCCAUUUUAUGGUGAAAUAGACAAAUGUUUACAUGUUAUAUUGGGUUCUCUUGUUUGUAAGAGGUCCAUUCAUAAUUUGUGGCUAGCCAUCCAAGUAGAGGCAAUGCGAGUUAUGCAGUACAACUGGGUCACUCUCGAUAGUCAUAAAUGUAGACAAUGUUUUCAUAAAGACACGUUUUUAUUGGACAUGAGGUACUACCUCCAUUUUAAAACCUUUUCUCCCAUGUUUAUGUACUGAACACAAUCUAGGUCUAGCGUAAUCAGUUCCUGAGUGUAAUUUCAAUGUCAGUUAUUGUGAUAAAAGCAGUUAUGGCGAAACUUAGUACACUGAACAAAAAUAUAAAUGCAACAAUUUCAAAGAUUUUAGUGAGUUACAGUUCAUACAAGUAAAACAGUCAAUUGAAAAACAUUUAUUAGACCCUAAUCUAUGGAUUUCACAUGACUGGGAAUACAGAUAUGCAUCUGUUGGUCACAGAUACCUUUAAAAAAAAAAAAAAAAGUAGGGGCGUGGAUCAGAAAGCCAGUCAGUAUCUGGUGUGACCACCAUUUGGCUCAUCCUUCGCAUAGAGUUGAUCAGGCUGUUGAUUGUGGCCUGUGGAAUGUUGUCCCACUCCUCUUCAAUGGCUGUGCGAAGUUGCUGGAUAUUGGCGGGAACUGGAACACGCUGUCGUACACGUCGAUCCAGAGCAUCCCAAACAUGCUCAAUGGGUGACGUCUGGUGAGUAUCCAGGCCAUGGAGGAACUGGGACAUUUUCAGCUUCCAGGAAUUGGGGACAGAUCCUUGCGACAUGGGGCUGUGCGUUAUCAUGAGGUGAUGGCGGCGGAUGAAUGGCACGACUAUGGGCCUCAGGAUCGCAAGAUAUCUGUGCAUUCAAAUUGCCAUCGAUAAAAUGUAAUUGUGUUCGUUGUCCGUAGCUUAUGCCUGCCUAUACCAUAACCCCACUGCCACCGUGGGGCACUCUGUUCACAACGUUGACAUCACCAAACCGCUCGCCCACACGUCUGCCCGGUACAGUUUAAACCGGGAUUCAUCCGUGAAGAGCACACUUCUCCAGCGUGCCAGUGGCCAUCGAAGGUGAGCAUUUGCCCGCUGAAGUCUGUUACAACGCCAAACUGCAGUCAGGUCAAGGCCCUGGUGAGGACGACGAGCAUGCAGAUGAGCUUCCCUGAGACGAUUUCUGACACUUUGAACAGAAAUUCUUCAAUUGUGCAAACCCAGUUUCAGACGAUCCCGCAGGUGAAGCCUCAUGUGGAGGUCCUGGGCUGGCAUGGUUACACGUGGUCUGCGGUUGUGAGGCCAGUUGGACGUACUGCCAAAUUCUCUAAAACUACGUUGGAGGUGGCUUAUGGUAGAGAAAUGAACAUUCAAUUAUCUGUCAACAGCUCUGGUGGAAAUUUCUGCAGUCAGUGUGCCAAUUUCACGCUCCCUCAACUUGAGACAUCUGUGGCAUUGUGUUGUGUGACAUAACUGCACAUUUUAGAGUGGCCUUUUAUUGUCCCCAGCACAAGGUGCACCUGUGUAAUGAUCAUGUUGCUUCGUCAGAUUCUUGAUAUGCCACACCUGUCAGGUGGAUGGAUUAUCUUGGCAAAGCAGAAAUGUUCACUAACAGGGAAGUAAAGAAAUUUGUGCAAUUUCUUUUCGAGAAAUAAGCUUUUUGUGCGUAUGCAACAUUUCUGGGAUCUUUUAUUUCAGCACAUGAAACAUGGGACCAACACUUUACAUGUUGCAUUUUAUAUUUUCGUUCAGUAUAAUUAGUAUCAAGAUACUUGGUAAUAUCGCGAUAAUGGCUUUUAUCACGAUAAUUGAUGUUAUCAUGAUACCAAAUUCCACCAUUGUCCCCCCUCAACCUACCAACAGGAAGAUCCUCCGACUGGUCAAGCACACUCUGGCUAGCGUAAGUGGCGUGCGCGACCAGGAGAUGGCGCUGCUGGACGAGAUGCUGGCGACAUGCGUACGCGAGGCUAGCAACAAGAGCCUGGAGAUAAUCUUCAGCUCCCACCUCUUCUACCAGAACAGGCAGGAGAGGUUUGUGUGCAGCCUGGCUGGUGAGUUUUCCCUCUCCUCUCCUCCCUUCCCCUCCUUUCCGCCAUUUCUCUGACAGCUGUUUUAAUCUGUUGCUUUCUCCACCUUUCUAUCAUUUACCAAGAUAACCUUCUGGUUUUUUUCUCAAUAGAGGAGCUGCCUAAAAAAGUGGACAGCAUAACCCCAUACACCAUGGCCCUCAUUGCCAAAUACAUCGCCCGCCACCGGCUCAGGGAGACUCGACUCCUCGACACCAUCGCUGAUUUCCUGGUCAAGAAGGGAGAAUACCUGGAUAGCAAGGUAAGGAGGCCCACUCAUCUACAAAAUCUCUGUCGUACGUUUAAACAGCUGUUGAGCAACUCGGCUAUACUGUAUUUGUUUGUUGGCUGUAUAAGUACAGAGUGCUACUGAGCCUACUGUAGACCUUCAUUGCAAAACGGUGUGUUUUAAUACAUUAUUUGGUGACGUGAAUAUAUUUAGUGUAGUUUUAUCAAAACUUUUUAAAUGUUUCACUAUUUUUAUUUUUAAGGAAAUUCACUGAGGAGGAUGGUCCUCCCCUUCCUCCUCUGAGGAGCCUCCACUGGUACGAAGACCAGAGUGGUAUAAAGACCAUAAGCUAUAUAACGCAACAUCUUUUGUGACAAAACGAUCAGUAGAGUUGAAAAUGCAACGGAAACCCGGCGAAACCGCGAAAGUUAUUUUUAUGUGCACUAUGUCAUCACGCACAGCUUUUUAUCCGCAAUAAUAAUAAUAAUAUGCCAUUUAGCAGACGCUUUUAUCCAAAGCGACUUACAGUCAUGUGCGCAUAAAUUUUUACGUAUGGGUGGUCCCCGGGAACGAACCCACUUCCCUGGCGUUACAAGCGCCGUGCUCUACAUGCGGUUGAUAUGGGUUUGAUAAAAGCAGUUAUCGCGAUACUUACUAAUUCGUAUUACAAUGCUUGGUAAUAUCACGAUAAUGGUUUUCUCUCUUUCCCCCCCCCCACAGGUGAUCCAAAAGCUGGUGUUCCCCUUCAGCCGGAUGAGCUACCGGCCGUCCAACGAGGUCCAGUUCUUCGCCAAGCUGGAGGUGGUGCUGGAGCUCAAGGCCCUGAGCUCCCCGCUGGCCACCGUCAACAUCCUCAUGUCCCUGUUCCAGCUGGGCCACUUCCCUGGCCUGGUGCUGCACAGGGUCUUCUCCACUGCCUUCAUCAGCAACGUCACCAGUGAGUGGGGGUGGGGGGCACACACACACACACACACAUACACACAAACACACACAGCGAUCAAGCAACAUCAAAGAGCAGCUAUGUUACAUUUGUUUUCGACUGGGCCCCUUUCAGUAGAAUCAAUAAACCUCAAGCCAGAUAAAUAACUAAGGAGAAUGUUUACAUGUGUUCAAUAAUACGAUUAUUGUGAAUAUUCAGAUUAAAUAGAAGUUUUGAUUUUAAAACAUUUUACAUGAUGAUUUCCCUAAUAAUCCUGUUUACAUGGACACAUCUGAAAUCAGGCUACGUGAUGGGACUUGGACAAAUGCAGGAAAUCGGGAAGCAAACUAAACGUUAUAUCACAGCAACCAUAUUAUUUUUGGGGAAGCCUGUUUUUGAUUUGAACUAUUUCUAACAUGCAAACUUUCACAUUUUCCGAACUCACUUCACUCGCGCAAAAGACGGAGGCUCGUGCUGGGCCUGCUAGCAUAUGUGCCGAUCAAAUACGCAGCUGGAACUCCGAUUUUUGUUUUGUUUUUUUACAAUAAUUCUAAAGAAUGUUCCCGAAAUCUAGAUGUUUUAAUCAGUGUAUGCUUACUUCGAUUAUGACCUUAUGCCGAUUUUAAGAUAAGCAGAGUAAAGUGUUUACAUGACUAAUGACAUACUCUGCCUACUGCCAUAAUCAGUUUAAUAUAUUUACAUUAACAUUUUAGUCAUUUAGCAGACGCUCUUAUCCAGAGCGACUUACAGGAGCAAUUAGGGUUUAAGUGCCUUGCUCAAGGGCACAUCGACAUAUUUUUCACCUAGUCAGCUCGGGGAUUAGAACCAGCGACCUUUCGGUUACUGGCACAACGCUCUUAACCACUAAGCUACCUGCCGCCAACUAAGCUACAUGCACACUAAUAUCUAAUUAUUAGUGUGCAUGUAAACAUACUCAGUGUGUGUGUGUGUGUGUGUGUGUGUAUAUAUAUAUAUAUAUACCACACACACCUCAACUCACUUCCAUUCAGUUGCAUGUGCUUCAUUUUCAUGUUAGGCAAUUUUAGACCGUUGCUCCCGCUCAUGUCUUUGUUUCUGUCGACCUUGUUCCCCCAUUUGUAGACAGUCCUUACGCUCUGAUCGUACGCCGCUACCUGUCUCUGUUGGACGCGGCGGUGGAGCUGGAGUAUCGGGACUACACCGGUCCACGGCUCCAGGACACGCACAAGGUGCUCAUGUUUGACCACGCGCUGACCGCUGACGAGGUCAACCGCAAAUACAGGUACGGUGCAGUACUAGGGGUGAUUGGUUGACCAACUGUAUAGUUGUCAUCUAUUUUGAAAGUUGAAUUAUGCCUGCCUUCUCAUUGCAAAUUCCAGUGAAAUUCAUGAAAAGUAUGUGGUUGACAUGAGUUGUGUAUGCGUUUAUUUUAUUUAUUUUCUCCAGCUAUAAGGGUCUUGUUGCUGAAGCCCUCAGACAAUUGGUUGGAGAGCAUGGCUACAAGCAAGAUGAGGUCCUGGCCCCCGGUUAUUACACAGGUACAUUGAACAAACACCAGAGCGUGUGUUAAAUCCAAAGGCCACUCUAAGAUACCACACUGUUACUGAACACAAUGGUGUAUCAUUCUGUAGUACUGGAACCUCUUUGGGGUUGUACAAUUACAGAAACUUGAGGAAUAUUAGGUAAAAAAAAUAUUUAAGCAAGGGAGUCAUGCUGAGACCACGCUCUUUCGCAGAUGAGCCCUGCAUGAACACAUCGAUAAACAACAAUUACACUAUACAUAUCUAUAUACACAUCAAUUACACAAUACAUGAAACGCAAACACAAAACGCUAAACAAUCAUAUGAAACACAUUGUUCAGUUAAAAGGCCCUCUAACAUCCUCUUGAAUUGCCCUAUAGGCACCAACUCCAUCAGCUUUAAGGGCUUUUGGAGAUCAUUCCACAGGAGAGGCGUAAAAAAAACUAAAAGCUAAUUUACGUAACUCGGUGGAGAUUGAAGGGAUCUCCGUGGUUAGCCAUUCCUGAAUACAGGUCUGGUGACUUUAUACGUCUGAAGGUUAACAAUGAGGUACGGUAUGGCCGAAGUUUAUGCAAGAUUGCUUUACAGACCAAAAGAUUGCAAUACAUCGAUCUACGAGACUUCAAAGCGGGCCAGCCUACUUUCUGAUAAAAUAUUCAAUGGUGUGUACUCAACCUAUCGUGUCCAAUGGCUUCAGUACAGUGGCAGGCUGCAUUCAUAUAGAUGACAUCGCCGUAGUCAACAACCAGAAUGAAUGUUGAAUGAAUGAUUUCUGCUCCUCUUUUUAUAUAUAUAUAUAUAUAUAUUUUUUUUUACAAAAAAUUCACUAGACAUUGACGGAACUUCCAUCAUGAUUUGAUGAAGCGCAUCUAUUUCUCAAUUUGCAUUACAAGCUGCCAAUCAGCUACAGAGUCCUGUUUUUCUAACCUUGGCCCAGGCCUGGUUUUCUCAUCUUAACAAGAUCUGACAUUUCUAUAGAGAACCAAGGAUUUGUAAUCAUGAAGAAAAGCUUUUUGGGGAUUUUUUAAUUUUUUACUUCUCUUCAUAAUUAUACGAUUACUGUCAAAUGUUGCAACCCUAAACCUCUGUAUAUUCCCAUUCCUUUGUAGACUUCCUGCUGUGGAUUGAUGGUUCUGGCCGGGUUCUCCCUAUCCGGGCAGGGGCCUCCAUAGGUGUGGCCCACAAAGCCCCAGAGGGAUCCGUGACCGUGACAGCCCUCGCCUCAGACUUUCAAAAGUUCUCCCCCUUCGCCCCACUAGAGGAAAGGGGGGACAAGCGACCCGUCGGGGGGGACGAGUCGGUGACCCUCCUUCCACACCACAUGCAGCGUGGGGCAAACCCUGCCUCGGCCCAGAGGGCGGGCCCUAACGGCGGGGGCCCGCCUGACUACAACCCUUACUACACGCCGGCCGACUACUACUCCAGCCUGGCCAAGGAUCACUCCCUGGAGAGCCAGGACAGCUCCACGCUCAGCAGCCCUCCCUCUGACAGCCUAGCCCAGCCAGUGGCCUCCGAGGUAGGGGGAUCCACCACGGCUACCCCCGUUUCUCUUUUCCAGUUCUCCAUUGGGAAGAUCCUGGAGGACGAGGGAGGGGUGCAGGUGGGGCCGGGUAGUCAUGGGCCCGACUGCGAGCUCCCUGUCUUCUAUGAGGGGUUGGACGGGGACGUGGGGCCCACCUCGCCACUUCAGCUGCACCCGGCCGAUCGAACCGACACCGAGAGGGUGGCGGGGGACCAGCGGCAGCUUAAGAGGUCAGUGCUGAUGGGAUCCCCAAAUCUGUCCAGUUAGUCAUUUUGUACAUAGUACCCAAUUUAAGAAGCGCUUGAUAAUGCAUCAUUGGUGGAGCAAUGCUAGCUAGUAAAUAACUUUCAGAAAAUAUAGUUUUGCUGGGAAGUCUGCCUCAUCUUCACGGCAGAUACCAGUAUUUUUCUACCAUCUUUCGUCACUUGUGUGAUCGCGGCGUAAGUAAUUUAUUUCAUAAUGAGAUUCGUUAAUUGCAAAAUUCCUUUCUUCUUUCAGAGUGGUCAUGUCGGUGAAUGACAAGUGGCACUACUGUCACAACUCUGAGGUUCUGGUGGGCUCCCGGGCCAUGAGGGACCGUCACCUGCUGCUCCUGGGAUAUGUCAUCCUGCAGGUGAGCCAUUACCUUCAUACAACCACAUUUCAACCAUCUUACAACCACAUUUCAACCACCUUACAAACUACAUGUUAACCAUCUUACAACCACAUUUCAACUACAUUUUAACCAUCUUACGACCACAUUUCAACCAUCUUACAACCAUAUAUCAACUACAUGUUAACCAUCUUACAACCACAUUUCAACCAUCUUACAACCAUAUCAACUACAUUUUAACCACAUUUCAACCACCUUACAAACUACAUGUUAACCAUCUUACAACCACAUUUCAACCACCUUACAAACUACAUGUUAACCAUCUUACAACCACAUUUCAACCAUCUUACAACCCACACGUUAACAAUCUUACAACCAUAUUAUCAUCUUACAACCACAGGUUGGUGGCACCUUAAUUGGGGAGGAUGGGCUCAUGGUAAUGGCUGGAGUGGAAUCAGUGGAAUGGUAUCAAAUACAUAAAACACAUGGUUUGAUGCCAUUUCAUUUGCUCCGUUCCAGCCAUUAUUAUGAGCCGUCCUCCCCUCAGCAGCCUCCACUGCUUACAACCCUCAUUUCAACCAUCUUGCAACCACAUUUCAGUCUUCCCUUACCUCCAUCACAAUCAUCCGAUGAAGCUUUUUAAUUGGUACCAGGGACAAUGGUCUACUAAUGGUCCACUGUGCCCAAAUAAGGCAAACUAACAGUGGUAUGUACUCUGUCAUCUGUCCCUGGGUUUUCUCUAUGCCCCUCUUCUCCCCUCUUCUCCCCUCUUCCACAGCUGCCCUAUCACGAGCUGGAGAAGCUGAAUGGUAUAGAGGAGGUGAAGCAGUACCUCCACAAAAAGCUCCUGGAGGUCCCCUUAUGA